AUGACGCCCCCAUCCGCCCCGACUGUCCCCCCGCCCUACAUCCACCCAGACCCCCCCAUCCGCCCCCUGACUGUCCCCCCGCCCUACAUCCACCCAGACCCCCCCAUCCGCCCCCUGACUGUCCCCCCGCCCUACAUCUGCCAUGAUGCCCCCAUCCGCCCCCUGACUGUCCCCCCACCCUACAUCCACCCAGACCCCCCCAGCCGCCCCCUGACUGUCCCCCCGCCCUACAUCCACCCAGACCCCCCCAUCCGCCCCCUGACUGUCCCCCCGCCCUACAUCUGCCAUGAUGCCCCCAUCCGCCCCCUGACUGUCCCCCCACCCUACAUCCCCCCAGACCCCCCCAUCCGCCCCCUGACUGUCCCCCCGCCCUACAUCCACCCAGACCCCCCCAUCCGCCCCCUGACUGUCCCCCCGCCCUACAUCCACCCAGACCCCCCCAGCCGCCCCCUGACUGUCCCCCCGCCCUACAUCCACCCAGACCCCCCCAGCCGCCCCCUGACUGUCCCCCCGCCCUACAUCCACCCAGACGCCCCCAUCCGCCCCCUGACUGUCCCCCCACCCUACAUCCACCCAGACCCCCCCAUCCGCCCCCUGACUGUCCCCCCACCCUACAUCCACCCAGACCCCCCCAGCCGCCCCCUGACUGUCCCCCCGCCCUACAUCCACCCAGACGCCCCCAUCCGCCCCCUGACUGUCCCCCCGCCCUACAUCCACCCAGACCCCCCCAGCCGCCCCCUGACUGUCCCCCCGCCCUACAUCUGCCAUGAUGCCCCCAUCCGCCCCCUGACUGUCCCCCCACCCUACAUCCACCCAGACCCCCCCAGCCGCCCCCUGACUGUCCCCCCGCCCUACAUCCACCCAGACCCCCCCAGCCGCCCCCUGACUGUCCCCCCGCCCUACAUCCACCCAGACGCCCCCAUCCGCCCCCUGACUCUCCGGUAG